AUGCCGUUUGGAUUGUGCAAUGCUCCAGAAACGUUUGAAAGGCUGAUGGACCUUGUACUUACAGAGCUAAUUGGCGAUGCCUGUCUGGUCUACUUGGAUGACAUCAUCAUCGUAGGCCGUACGUUUGAGGAACAACUUCAAAACCUGGAACGCGUGCUGAUGAAGAUUCAGAAUGCCAACCUCAAGUUGAGUCCGAAGAAAUGUUCACUAUUCAAACGGCAAGUCAACUUUUUGGGGUAUGUAGUGUCGGAAGAAGGUAUCCCCACGGAUCAGGAGAAAAUCGCCGCUGUCAAGUAUUGGCCGGUUCCAAAAACAAAACGCAGGUUAGAGCAUUUUUGGGAGCUCAAGGACCGUUUGUGCAAAACACCUAUUUUGGGAUACCCUGAUGCAAGCAAAGAAUUUAUAGUUGACACAGGCGCAAGUGAUAUAGGACUUGGCGGUGUGUUGUCUCAACAGAAUGGUGACCAAGAGGUCGUGAUAGCGUACUUCAGCAAGUGGUUAACAAAACCGAAAAAGAACUAUUGUGUACAAGAGCGAAUGUGUGUUAAAAAUCCAGAAGGACAAGUUGCGAGGUGGAUUGAACUACUGCAGGAAUACGACUUUGAGAUCGAACAUCGCAGUGGGAAAUCUCAUGUCAACGCAGAUGCAUUGUCAAGAAGACCUUGUUCUGAAAAUUGCAAACAUUGUACUAGACAAGAGAGUAAGGAAGAGGUAUCCGUGAGGAUGCUCAGGACAGACCACCUCAGCAACGAGUGGAAGGACAGCUUACAACAUGCACAGCAGAAAGAUCCGGACAUCAAGCCGAUUCUGGAAUGGAUGAAGGCCAGUGAUCCCAAGCCCAAGUGGAGCGACGUCUCAGCGAUGAGUUCGAAUACUAAAAGCUAUAGGGUCCCAUUGGGCCAUUGGACAGCUUGCUGCUUCAGUAUGGAGUUCUGUGCCGUAAAUGGGAAAAUGUUCGGGGAUACAGCUGUCAUUUGCAAAUGGUUGUCCCUAAAGCUAAAGUACCGGAUGCUCUACAGCUGUACCAUAAUGAUAGUUCAGGAGGCCAUUUGGUAG